UAUCCCACAAUGCAGCGGGCGAUGCCCAAGGAAAGAUGGCGGAGGGAGGAGCGGCUGAUCUGGAGACUCAGAGAGGAGAGAUCGCAGCGCUGCUCAAAACGCAGCUUCGGAAAGGAGAUACGUGGUACUUAAUAGAUAGUCACUGGUUCAAACAGUGGAAGAAAUAUGUGGGCUUUGACAGUUGGGACAAGUACCAGAUGGGAGAUCAGAAUGUCUACCCUGGUCCAGUGGACAACUCGGGUCUCCUUAAAGAUGGUGAUGUACUUGCCAUUAAGGAACAUCUUAUUGAUGAGUUGGACUACAUCCUUGUGCCCACUGAGGGCUGGAAUAAGUUAGUGAGCUGGUAUGGGCUGACUGAGAGCCAGGAACCCAUCGCCCGAAAGGUUGUUGAGCAGGGAAUGUUUGUAAAGCACUGCAAAGUGGAGGUCUACCUCACCGAACUGAAACUAUGUGAAGACAGCAACAUGGACAAUAUUGUCACCAGACGCUUCAGCAAAGCGGACACAAUAGAUACCAUUGAAAAGGAGAUGCGCAAGCUGUUCAGCAUUCCUGACGAAAGGGAGACCAGGUUGUGGAACAAAUACAUGAGCAACACAUUUGAGCCUUUGAACAAACCAGACAGCACCAUUCAGGAUGCUGGACUCUAUCAGGGGCAGGUUCUAGUUAUAGAGCAGAAGAACGAGGAUGGUACGUGGCCUCGUGGUUCCUCCACACCAAAGUCAUCUGGUGCUUCCAAUCUCUCUGCUUUACCAAAGAUCUCCCCUACAUCUCUCACAAACAAUCAUAACAGCAGCUUCAGCAGCAGGAAUGUGAAAAACUCUAGCUAUAGCCUUCUGUCCUACCCCCCGUAUAACAGCUAUGAAUACUCAGACCAGAGUAGGCACAGUGAGAAAGAAGGCCUGUGUGGCCUCUCCAAUCUGGGCAACACCUGCUUCAUGAACUCUGCUACACAGUGUUUAAGCAAUAUUCCUCCGCUCACUGAGUACUUUCUGAAGGACAAGUACCAGGAUGAACUGAAUGAGGAUAACCCUUUAGGAAUGAAAGGCGAGAUUGCCAAAGCUUACGCUGAGCUCAUCAAGCAACUCUGGUCUGGCAAAUACAGCUACGUCACCCCUAGACCUUUCAAGACCCAAGUGGGGCGCUUUGCCCCUCAGUUCUCAGGCUACCAGCAGCAGGACUCCCACGAGCUGCUUGCUUUCCUCUUGGACGGCCUUCAUGAGGACUUGAACCGCAUCAGGAAAAAGCCCUACAUUCAGCUCAAAGAUGCCGAAGGCCGGCCAGACAAGGUAGUAGCAGAGGAGGCUUGGGAGAACCACAUCAAGAGGAACGACUCCAUUAUAGUUGACAUUUUCCAUGGCCUCUUCAAGUCCACCCUGGUCUGCCCUGUGUGCUCUAAGGUCUCUGUAACGUUUGACCCGUUCUGCUACUUAACACUUCCUCUUCCCAUGAAGAAGGAACGGACGCUGGAGGUCUACCUGGUGCGGCUGGACCCCCUUGCCAAACCCACACAGUAUAAGCUGACUGUGCCCAAAGUGGGCUACAUUUCUGACCUCUGCGCUUCUCUUUCUGCACUGUCUGGAGUACCUGCUGAAAAGAUGAUUGUCACAGACAUCUACAACCACAGAUUCCAUAGAAUCUUUGCCACUAAUGAGAACCUGAGCAGUAUAAUGGAAAGGGAUGAUAUAUAUGUAUUCGAAGUGGCAGUAAACCGUCUGGAGGACACAGACCAUGUGGUGAUCCCUGUGCACCUUCGAGAGAAAUACAAGCAGUCAGGUUAUAACCACAGCAGCACCCUACUGUUUGGCCAGCCCUUCCUCAUAACUGUCCCGCGCACUCUCAGUGAAGAGAAGUUCUACAACCUGCUGCUCCUCCGCCUGUGUCGCUUUGUGCGCUCAGCCCUCGAAGAGGAGGAGUCUGAUGAGACACAUUCAUCCAAGCAGCAUGCCAUCAAUGGCAACGCCACCAAUGGUAUACUGGAGGAGGGCUCGCCCAGUGAAAUGGAGACUGAUGAGCAGGAUGAUGAGUCUAGUCAGGACCAGGAGCUUCCAUCUGAAAAUGACAACAGCCAGUCAGAGGAUUCAGUGGGUGGGGACAAUGAUCUGGAGAAUGGAGUUGGCCCAGAGACCUUGACCAAAGGCCAGCAGCUCACAGGCCACAAAAAGCGACUUUUCACAUUCCAGUUCAACAACAUGGGCAAGACUGACUUGAGUUUCAUUAAAGAGGAACCACGACAAAUCCGAUUCGAUGAGGGACACCUUCGACUCAGCGACAGAUCCUAUCUCUCCUUAGACUGGGAACCAGAGAUUAAGAAGAAGUACUUUGACGAAAGUGUAGCUGAAGAUUUUGAUAAGCAUGAAAGCAUGGAAUACAAACCUCAAAAGAAGGCCUUCUUCAAACUGAAGGACUGCAUUGAACUGUUCACUACCAAAGAGAAGUUAGGAGCUGAGGACCCAUGGUACUGUCCCAGCUGUAAGCAGCACCAACAGGCCACUAAGAAGUUGGACUUAUGGUCUCUGCCUCCAGUAUUGGUGGUCCAUCUUAAACGCUUCUCAUAUAGCCGCUACAUGAGGGACAAGCUAGACUCCUUGGUAGACUUCCCACUUCGUGAUCUGGACAUGUCAGAGUUCCUUAUUAACCCCAACGCUGGUCCAUGUCGAUAUGAUCUCAUUGCUGUUUCCAACCACUAUGGAGGAAUGGGAGGAGGACACUAUACUGCCUAUGCCAAGAACAAGGACGAUGGCAAGUGGUACAACUUUGAUGACAGCAUCGUGUCUCCAGUCAGCGAAGAUCAGAUUGUGUCCAAAGCAGCGUACGUCCUGUUCUACCAGCGUCAGGACACAGUAAAGGGUACAGGCUACUUUGCCCUGGACCGCGAGGACACAGAGGAGCAAGAGAGCACUUCGGCACAAGGAGCCAAUGCCCAGAGUGAUGAAGAUGAGGAGGAGGAGGAGGAGGACCUAAAUGACAACGAGCAGGACGAAGAGCUAGAGGCUAACCAUGACAUCACCAUGAACACCAACUGAGUUGGGACAAACGUGGGGCAGCGGAUGGUGGGGGUCAUCCAAAGCCAUAUGGAGAGUGAGCGGUCCAGAGUGUCCAGUCCAGAGCCUUCGUUCUCCGCUUCAGCAGUGCCUGCAAGUGCCGCGCUUCAGACUAGAACGUCCAAUCAGGGCCUUGUUUUAAUGGCCAACAGAGCAGGUUGAUUUAUUUAUUUAUUUUUUUUUUUUUUUCCUUUUUUUUCCCCCCUCUCUCCUCCUCCCAUUUGUCCAUGUGGCUUUCUCCCUUCAGCCACACCUCAGCCAAAUAUAGAUGUCCGGAGCCGGUGCAAAAGAAUAAGCUUGUGAAUCAGAUUCAUGGAAACGAAGAAACAAAUCUGGAGAAUGUCCGGCAGUGUCACUCCUUGGAUUUCCCUUGUG